AUGGGGAGUUCAAUUCUCCUUCCUUUUCUUCUCUCUGUUCUUCUCUUCUCUCUGUUUCAGAUACCAGUCCAUGCUGCCAAAAAUUCUUACAUAGUGUACUUAGGAGCACAGCCUCAUGUCCUGGACCCUUCGUCGGUCGAUCUCGAUAGCGUAACAAACUCUCAUUACAAUUUAUUGGGAUCAGUAUUGGGAAGCAAUGAAAGGGCCCAAGAAGCAAUAUUUUACUCCUACAACAGAAAUAUCAAUGGCUUUGCUGCAAUUUUGGAUGAUGAAGAGGCUGCUCAGAUUGCAAGGGACCCAAAUGUUCUUUCUGUUUUCCCAAACAGAGGAAGAAAACUGCAUACAACUCGUUCAUGGGAUUUUCUUGGAUUGGAAGAAAACGGAGAAGUUCGUCGCGGUUCGAUUUGGAAGAAGGCACAGUUUGGUGCAAAUACCAUUAUUGGAAACCUUGAUACUGGUGUUUGGCCGGAAUCAAAGAGCUUUAGCGACGAAGGGAUUGGACCAAUCCCAUCCAAGUGGCGUGGAAUCUGUCAGCUUGACACCAAAAAUGGUUCUCAUUGCAAUAGGAAGCUGAUCGGAGCAAGGUACUUUAGCAAAGGCUAUCUUGCAUAUGCCUCCACAGUAAACUCCUCUGCAGCUAAGACCAUCCAGCCCAACGCACGCGACUUUGGUGGCCAUGGCUCUCACACACUGUCAACAGCUGCUGGUAAUUUCGUCCCGAGAGCAAGUGUCUUCGGCAAUGGCAAUGGCACUGCGAAGGGUGGAUCACCGAAAGCUCGUGUGGCUGCGUACAAGGUAUGUUGGCCGCCAAUCAAUGGCAAUGAGUGCUUUGAUGCAGACAUCAUGGCAGCCUUUGAUGCUGCAAUCAGUGAUGGUGUUGAUGUGCUUUCGGUGUCUCUGGGUGGUCAAGCUGCAGAGUUCUUUAGUGAUGGGAUCGCAAUAGGGUCCUUCCAUGCUGUCAAGAAGGGGAUUUCUGUGGUCAGCUCAGCUGGCAAUUCAGGCCCUACCCCCGGGACAGUGUCGAAUGUGUCACCGUGGUUGCUCACAGUUGGAGCUAGCACAAUUGAUCGUGAGUUCUCCAGUUAUGUUGCUCUUGGCAACAAGAAGCAUCUAAAGGGAGCAAGUCUUUCCUCUGGAGCUUUGCCAUCUAAGAUGUUCUACCCAUUGAUAAGUGCAGUAGAUGGUAAAGCAGCUAAUGCUUCCUCUUCGGAUGCCCAGCUCUGCAAAGCUGGAAGUCUGGAAAAAAAGAAGGUGGAGGGGAAAAUUUUGGUCUGCAUUCGAGGGGAAAAUGCAAGAGCUGACAAGGGUCAGCAAGCUGUUCUUGCAGGCGCUGUUGGAAUGAUUUUGGUUAAUGAUAAGCUAAGUGGGAAUGAAAUAAUUGCUGAUCCUCACUUGCUUCCCACUUCACAUGUCAAUUAUUCGGAUGGGAAAGCUGUUUUUGCCUACAUCAAGUCUACCAAGACCCCUGUGGCUUACUUAACUCGUGUGAAGACGGAAGUAGGAGCAAAACCAGCACCAUUUAUGGCUUCAUUCUCUUCUAGGGGACCUAACACCAUUGAGCAGUCAAUCCUUAAGCCUGAUAUCACAGCACCAGGAGUGAGUAUAAUUGCUGCUUAUACUGGAGCAGAAGGGCCAACUGAUCAGAAGUUCGAUAAGCGCCGUGUAUCUUUCAAUACAGAAUCUGGAACUUCGAUGUCAUGCCCUCAUGUAUCUGGAAUUGUCGGUCUUCUGAAAACUCUUCACCCAUCUUGGAGCCCUGCAGCUAUUAAAUCUGCAAUCAUGACUACAGCAAGAAAACGAGAUAACAACAAGGAGGCAAUGCAGGACUCAUCCAAAGCCAGAGCAACACCAUUUGCUUAUGGAGCAGGACAUGUUCAACCAAACCGUGCUAUGGACCCUGGACUUGUUUAUGACUUAACUACUGAUGAUUACUUGAACUUCUUAUGCGCUCGUGGCUACAACGCAACACUGCUCAAAGUAUUUUCCAACGAGCCACACACAUGUCCCAAGGCAUACAGUCUUGCAGAUUUUAACUAUCCUUCAGUUACCGUUCCUGAUCUCCAUGACAAACCAGUGGCUGUAACUAGAAGAGUUAAGAAUGUUGGUUCUCCAGGCACAUACGUAGUACAUAUUAAGGAACCAGCAGGAGUUUCUGUGUCGGUUAAGCCUAGUAGCAUGCAAUUCAAGACCAUUGGUGAAGAGAAGAAAUUCAAGGUUGUUCUGAAGCCUAAGGUUCAGGGUACUCAAGACUAUGUGUUUGGAGAGUUGAAUUGGUCUGAUGGAAAGCACAAUCAGUCAUUCAUAGUGUACUUAGGAGCACAUUCACAUGGCCCCGACCCCUCAUCCCUGGAUCUCGAUUCUGUGAGAAAAUUUCAUUAUGAUUUUCUGGGGUCUUUCUUGAGAAGCAACAAGAGUGCCAAAGAUGUGAUCUUCUACUCCUACACUAGACAUAUUAAUGGUUUUGCUGCAAUUCUUGAAGAGGAAGAAGCUGCAGAUAUUGCAGAGCAUCCAAAUGUGAUAUCGGUUUUCUUAAACAAGGGAAGCAAACUGGAAACAACUAGAUCAUGGAAUUUUCUUGGAUUAGAGAGAAAUGGACUAAUUCCUUCACACUCCAUUUGGAUGAAGGCAAGGUUGGGAGAAGAUACAAUAAUUGCAAACAUAGAUACUGGUGUUUGGCCAGAAUCAAAAAGCUUUAGUGAUGAAGGGUUGGGACCCGUCCCUUCAAAGUGGCGUGGAAUUUGUCAACAUGAUACAAAGCGAGUUCGUUGUAACAGAAAGCUGAUUGGGACAAGGUACUUUAACAAUGGUCUUGCCAUGUAUGCUGGCCCUCUCAAUUCCUCCUUUUCCACCGCUCGUGACUAUGAUGGCCAUGGAUCCCACACCCUGGCCACGGCUGCUGGCAACUUUGUUCCCGGAGUAAGUGUUUUUGGAAAUGGCAAUGGAACUGCCAAGGGUGGAUCGCCUCGAGCCCAUGUUGCUGCGUAUAAGGUAUGCUGGCCACCAUAUGAAGGUGUCCAGUGCUUUGAUGCAGAUGUAUUAGCUGCCUUUGAUGCUGCAAUAAGUGAUGGAGUCGAUAUAAUCUCUGUUUCUCUUGGUGGAGGAGCACAAGAAUUUUUUAAAAGUUCAAUUUCAAUAGGGGCCUUCCAUGCAGUUAAGCAUGGCAUUGUUGUGGUUAGUGCAGCUGGCAAUACAGGACCAAAUCCAGGGACAGUGUUAAAUCUGUCGCCCUGGUUAUUAACAGUUGGUGCUGGCACAAUCGAUCGGGAGUUCACAAGUUAUGUCUCUCUCGGAAACAAGAAGCAUUUGAAGGGAGUUAGCCUUUCAGCUAAAGGCUUGCCAUCGGAAAAGUUCUACCCAUUGGUCAGCGCAGCAGAAGCGAAACAUGCUAAUGCAUCCACUGCAGAAGCAAUAAUUUGCCAGGGUGGAACCCUUGAUCCUAGGAAGGUGAAAGGAAAGAUCUUGGUUUGCCUUCGAGAAUAUAAUGAUAAUGCAAGAACUGAGAAGAGCUGGCAGGCUGAUAUGGCAGGUGCUGUAGGAAUGAUCUUGGUUAAUGAUGAGCAAAGUGGAAAUGAUGUUGUAGCCGAUCCUCAUGUGCUCCUUGUUUCACAUGUCAACUACACUGACGGCAAAUAUAUCUUUGAUUACAUUAAAUCCACCAAAACCCCUAUGGCUUACUUAACUCGAGUCAAGACUGAAUUGGGAUCAAAGCCAGCUCCAUUUGUGGCUACAUUUUCAUCUAGGGGGCCUAACCUCCAGGAACAGGGAAUCUUAAAGCCUGAUAUCAUUGCACCAGGGGUGAGCAUAAUUGCUGCUUAUACUGAAGCAGCAGGGCCAACUUCUCAAAUUUCCGACACUCGCCGGGUUCCUUUUAAUGUGCAAACUGGCAGUUCAAUGGCAUGCCCUCAUGCAUCUGGAAUUGCAGGGCUUCUCAGGACACUCCACCCUGAUUGGAGUCCGGCAGCUAUUAAAUCUGCAAUCAUGACCACUGCCACAACACAGGAUGACCACAUGGAACCAAUACUUGAUGACUCUUCUUAUGUGAAGGCAACACCAUUUGCUUAUGGCUCAGGACACAUUCAACCAAACAAAGCAAUGGAUCCAGGGCUAGUUUACAACCUAACAACGCUAGAUUACUUGAACUUCUUAUGCGCUCGCGGAUACAAUGAAACCAUGAUCAAAUCAUUCUCCAACUCAACUUACAAGUGUUCCAAGUCAUUCAGCCUAGCAGACUUCAACUACCCUUCAAUUUCAGUUCCUAAUCUCAGUGAAGACUCAGUGACCAUAAACAGAAAAGUUACAAAUGUUGGUUCUCCCGGCACAUACAAAGUGCAUGUCAAGGAGCCAUCAGAAGUAGAAGUUUUGGUUGAACCUAGAAGAUUGAAAUUUAAGAGAAUUGGUGAAGUGAAGAUGUUCAAGGUUAUAUUGAAAGCUAAGGUUAAGGGUAAGCCUCAAGGGUACGUAUUUGGAGAGUUGAUAUGGUCAGAUGGCAGUCACUAUGUAAAGAGCCCUCUUGCAGUGAAGCACUAUUAG